AUGGGGAAUAUGCGUCGCAUUGACCGUUUGAGUGGCAUCAUUGAAGAAGGUCCAAAUCACAGAAACGUGUCGAAUUCUACCAAAACCACCAGAGGUGAUUGUGAUCUGCCGAUGGCUAAUCAAGACUUGACUAAGGUGAAACCACCAUCAAUGCCUAGCACAUCUUUCGCAAUGGAAAGAGAAGAAACUCUGAGUACAUCUGGUCUAAAGCAGAAACAGAUUCAAGGCUUACCUUCUCCUUUAGAUUCCGAGAAGUUUGUUAAAAAGCAUUCAUUUCUUCAAGUUAGGUCGAAAAGUUUGCAAAGAAUAGCACAGCAUUGGCUAUGGAAGGCUCAUGAUGCCUCAAAAAUGAAGAAACCAGUUUGCGAGAAAUUUGAACUUGAACCAAUUGACUCCAAAAUCAAUUCGUCCCUUUUUGAUGACCCGCCCUAUGAAAAAGAUGAAAUAAGUUUCUCGGACCCCCCAAGUUGUGGCGAAUCAGCUGCUGAAAAGUAUGCCGAGAAGCCUCCUGAUGUCCAACAAAACAAUUCCGUCAAUUGUGAUUUCGGCGACUGGCCGCAAAGUGGAGACUCGUCGACAAAAGCGCUCUAUGCUAAUAGGUAUGAUGAAACAGAUAGUUGGGAUGGCGUCCAAAAUAUUUGCUUUGGGUUUUGUGGUUUGUGCUCCAGACGCACAAAACGCAGUCUUAAAUCUUCAAAGCGUCAACCGAAUCUGAGGUCGGGAGACCAGAAACCGGAGGUUUUUGAUGUUCUAGUCAAUAAUAAUGUGGGAUGCACCAUCCCACACAAUUUAAACUGCGCCAUUCGAGGUGUAGGUGAAGUGAGAGUGUCCUCUCAAGCACAACCAGAAAUGAUUAUUGAAAGAAAUCGAGAGGACGGUUUAGCGAAAGAAGGGGAGGAGGGAGAGAAAAUAUGCUCUUUCGCAUUGAAGUUGCAGAAAAUGCGCUUGGAUGAUUCAUAUAGUAGUGGACCUGAGAGUGAACAACUCUGCAAACGCUUACAAUGCCUUGGGACGAGGCAAGGAAUGAGUUUGUUAAGCACCCACGAAGAUGAUGUCGACGACUGGUCCACCGUAGGCACUCAAAUGCCUACAAACCAAACUCCAAGGAUAAAAAACUAUGGCCAGAUUGCACGAUUUUCCCAAUCACCUCCCAACGAUCGUGUUAGUAGGCCGCAAUCUCUAGUAGUAGAUGAGCAAUUCAACUGUUGCAAUGCCCAUGUGGAUCCACUGGUUUCAGAUCUCCAGACGCGUUUGUUACAAAAUGAGAUUUUAUCACUUAAUAUUCAGUCACAGCAAAUAACUCAUCCUUACUGCUUAAAUUCGGCAGCGUCAACCCCCAGUAAUGUGUGCGAGGACACAGUGUUCCAUUACUCCCAACUCUACGCUCAUCCCAAAUCAAACAUGUCGCUGCCUGAGUUCAAUCCUCAUAGAGGAAACCGCAACACUUCCCACAAAACUUCCAGUCUUAGCUCUUUUUUCGAUGCGUUCCCCUGUGCAGAAGAUAUGUGGUGUAGCCCGAGUCCUAAUAAUUCGAAACCAUAUGCGCUUGAGAAGCCUCAUAGUGAGUACGACGAUUUGAGUCAAAGAACUUACGUGAUCGCAAAAAUUGAUCUUAAUGGAUCUUUUGGACCGCGGACCUAUUCCAUUGCUUCAAACUCCCACUCCGAGGUGGACGAUACUGUAAAAAACGAGUGUUUAAAACAGCGCAACAAUAACGCAACAAACGAGGCCCCCCAUAAAGUUGAUUUCGCUCUCCCCGGAGUGGUUCAAAAACCCCCAUCAUUUCUCAGUUUGAUAAAAGAAGCCCGUGCCGCAAAUAUGAUUCCACCGAGCUUGUCAACACCUUCAUAUUCGUGGGAGAAGAAGGAAACUCCUGAAAAUGACUACAUGACUCUUCCAGCCCGACGUCCAAGGCAACAAAAACAACAAGCCGAUGAAAGUGAGAAAGUUAGUUCUAAGCAUGUGACAGAGGAACUUAUGCAGAUAAAAUCUGCCACGCCUCCACAACAAGUUAAUCAAAACAGCACAACUGAAACGAAGGUGCCUUCUUUGCAGAGUGUUAUUGAAACCAUGCAAAAGUUGAAAGCCACAGAGAUGCAAAUGAAGGCCAUAAAAGAAAAAGAAAGGAUUAAGAAAAUUAAUGGGGAAUCUGAAAAGGCAAUAACUGCCAGCCAGGCCAUGGAAAAUGCCAAAGGUAUGUCUGUGGUUGACUACAAGGAGCGCAGACGCUUACGACACCAGAAGGAACUGGACGAGGCACGCAAAGAACUGCUCGAGGCGACGAGAAGUGCUCUUAGGGAUCGAAUCGCAUUCAGCAGGAAAGAAGGCAAAAGCACUUCCUCCUCCGGUGUCAGCAAAACACUAUUCUGCGGAUCCACGAAGGCAAUGUUUAACCCUGACGCAUCCUUGGGAGAUGUUGAAAAAGUUCCAGAGAAAGUGGAAGAAAAAGAAGUUUCCACACCGGAACCGGUGGCAAAUGUGCCCAAAACAGAACCACCGCCUUAUCCCACCUCAGUUUCUGAUGCGAGCAAAAUAGAGGUUGAGAAAGUAGCAGCCACAAAUUUUGAUGAACCUCCUAGAAAGGAAUUGAAGAGCACGCCUCCAGAAGCUAAAAAAUCCCGAAAAAAGACAGAUAAACAGGUCAACGGGAACAAGAAUGCUAACGUACUGCCACCUAACAACAUGCAAAUCGUACCAACGGAAGACACCCUGGCCGAACCCUCGCAAAAUUUAGCUAUGCCGUCACAAAUGCUCGUACCAGUUCCUGUCAGUAUGCCUCAGUACGGAAUGAUGCUACCAUUCAGUUUCCCACAGUACGCCCAACCAAACUUCUAUUGCAUUCAGAAUCCCUGGGAGUUCACGGAACACCCGAGUGGGGUCCAGGGCGUCUACAUCUCUGAAACCUCUUCCUCUGGUAGCACUUCGUCUGGGCGAUAUCGACAGACAGUCCGAUCGGAACCGAGGCGGCACAAAGACAACUCCUCAUUCAGCAGCUUCAGUGAGACUUCAUCAUUCUCUUCAGGCACCCCAUUCUCAACAGACAGUGAGUCAUCAGGGUCAUCAUUGUUAGCAUCCACCUCAGAGACGUCCUCCUCGCCGGACCAAAAUAGCAGAACCUCCACUCCCAGCCCCUCCGACGCACCUUCACGUGCGUCACCUGGGGCUUCACACUCAUCAACAUCACCACCGCCAGCUACACCGAUGUCAUCCGAUUCCUCAUCCUGCAAUGACUAA